AGUCUCUCUCUCUCUCUCUCUCUCUCAUUAUUCAUUUCUGGACGAUCUGUAGCUCACCCAAAUCUCCUUUGGUUCUAAAAAAGCUCACAGAGCUCUCUUCCUCUCGCUCUCUCUCUCUCUCUCUAAAAAAAAGCCAUGAACGAUCCAAUUGAGCCUUCGACGUCGAACACGCCGCUGAAAGACUCAGCCUCUCUGAUUCACCCACGGCGCGAGCCAUUCGAGCAUGGUCUCCUUCCAAUCCCCAAGCUCAUCUUCACCGACCCGACCCAAACCCUAAUCCCCCUCAAGCAGAAACUCAUCGAGCACUCACCUAGCCAGCGACUCGGCUCCGUCGCCAUCUCCGAGGCCCUUCAGAUCUCCAUUGACCAUGCCCGCCUCGUCCUCGACACCAUCGCUUCCAUUCUCCAUUCCGAGAACGAUCCGCUCAUCCGGGCCAAGCAUGAGGAGGUUGAUUCCGUUGGUGUUGAUGUGCAUGAUCUGGUAUUGUUCCUUUACAUUCAGUCGUACAAGAGGUUGCUUCCUAGAACGCAUAAGGAUGCGGCUGCUGUGGCCGAUGUUUGGCCUUCCACUUCAGCUUUCGAUGGGUAUUUGUCGGCUCUCUCUCCGUUGCAGCUUGUACGUAGCAACAGCCGUCGGCUUAUGCCAUCACCAGCUGAUGAAGAGGCUCAUCAGUUGUCAUAUCUGCAAAAGCACUUGGCUAACAUUCUCUCUCUUUUAGCAGAACCUGUGGAGGGGGAAGGCGAAGAAUCGCUGGUUUUGACCAUGGAUAGGUUUGAGCACCUUGGUUUUCUCAUUCAAUUUGGUGAUAAGGGAUCUGAAGGAAGUAGCUUGAGCCAAUUUGCUCCCUUUUUUGCAAAUUCAGAUCCAGACAUGCCUGCUGUUGCUGUUCCUGCAGCUCAGGUUCAUGAAUGGAUUCUCCAGAAUAUAGCUUAUACUUUGGAAAAUAUUUCUGAAAGAAAUUCUCCAAAAGACAAUGGGCUGCCCAAUUCUUCAGAUCAAGAUGUUGCCAUGACCGAUGCCUGCACAAGUUCAAUCAAGGCCUCUCCGAGUGCUAGAGGUCCAAGUUUUAUUGAGGGGAUCUCUAAAACAUCGCUUGUUAAGCAAGCAUCUGAUUUUAAAGGGUCAUCUGUCAAGGUUCUAAAUUGCCAUGAUUCUGUUAUCUAUGUCUUAGCCCCUUUGAGAUAUGCGACAGUUUAUGGAUGCUCUGAUGCUACCAUAGUUCUUGGAGCUGUUGGAAAGGCUGUAAGAGUUGAACACUGUGAGAGAGUUCAUGUGAUUAUAGCUGCGAAACGAGUCUGCAUUGCUAACUGUCGUGAAUGUGUGUUCUUUCUUGGGGUAAACCAGCGACCGCUUAUGGUUGGUGAUAACCACAAGUUGCAGGUGGCACCAUACAAUACAUUUUACUCUCAGUUGGAGGAGCACAUGACUGAGGUUGGCAUUGAGGCAACUGUAAAUAGAUGGGAUGAACCUUUGGCACUUGGAAUGGUUGAUCCACAUGAUUCCUUAUCGCAUCCCGCCGGUGUCUCUGAUGUUCAGGCCGAGUCUGCCACAUGCCUAGAUGCUGAUCAGUUCACAAAUUUUUUGAUUCCAAACUGGUUUGGUGGUGAAUCCCCAGGUUCUACCAAAGUUAAUCCAUUUCCUUUACCAGAUGCUUAUUUGGCAUCUCGGAAUAGAAAUGAAAAGAAUUUAGGAGAGAUAAAGCAAUUAUUGAAGGAAGCACCUCUUGAAGAAAAUCGAAAACGUGAAUUAUCUUCUGCACUCCAUGUUUAUUUCAAAGACUGGCUAUAUGCGUCCGGAAACAUCCGUCAGCUCUACUGUCUACAAGGGGACUAAUACUUGCAUGUUGGUACCGUUGCACAACCAAGAAUGGUACAGAAGGAAGCUUUUUAAUUUAUCUUUCAACCCCUCAAGUUGAUCUUUGCCAUUUCUAUUGGUACUACUGGCAGCUGAAAAUCAACACUACGUACUUUGGAAUGGUACAUCAUUUGUGCACUGACACUGUUGCACAGAGUGGAAUUAGAAAGACAUUUGCUAAUCUCAUUGUAAUAUUUUUUGGGAAAAGGGAAAAAAAAAAAAAUGCAAUCUUACUGUAAUAUUGGGUUAAACUAGGUUCGCAGCCUUGUGAAUUUGUUGCCCCUUUAUUAUUUUUGGUCUAGAAUGCUGGAUUUUCCAAUCGUUAAUUUUUGGCCAUCUUCGGGAGGUUUUCGUA